GUGCGCAGGCGGGCGGCGGGAGCCAUGGCGCUGUACAGCGCGGCCGCCGCCGUCCUGCAGGGGCUGGAGCGUGGCGCCGGCGGCGUGAAGGAGCUGGUGUACCACAGCCGCUUCCCGGUGCGCGGGGCCGGGGCCGCGGGGCCGCGCCGGGGGCGAGGCGCGGGAGGGGGCGGGCUCCGGCCGUGCCCCCGGCUGCUCGCCCCGCAGGGAUGGUGAACCGGGUGCCGACGGCAGAGGCUGCCCCCAGUGCCGAGCGGCUGCAGGCGCUGGCCGGCUUCCAGCGGAAGGUGCUGAGCCAUGCCCUGAGUUUCCCGGCUCUGCAGCGCCUGGUCUACUCCACCUGCUCGCUGCACCGGGAGGAGAACGAGGACGUGGUGGGCGCCGUGCUGCAGGAGCGGGGCUCGGCCUUCAGGCUGGUGGACGCCUUCCCUUGCUGGCCUUGCCGAGGACUCGCUGCCUUCCCCGGGGCAGAGAGCUGCCUCCGCGCCUCUGCUGCCGACACCCUCACCCACGGCUUCUUCGUGGCUGUCCUGGAGCGGCGCGGGGACGGGGCUGCUGCCUCCAGCUCCCUGCCUGCGGCCGCUGAUAACACCUCCCGGCACAGUGAGGGAACGGAGCCAGGAGCAGCUCCCAAGAAGAGGAAGAGGAAAAAGCAGUGGGUAAAGGAGUGAAACAACUGGUUUAGGACUGCGCAGUGCCCAGCUGGGGCUGGUGGGGAUUGCUGCCCUGCUGCCUGCCUGCAUUGUGGCACAGCCUCCCAUCAUCAGUAAACUCAGCUGGAUUAAGGGUGUCAUUUACUACGUUUCCUCCCAAAAACCCUUACCCUGAUGUGGGGUUUCAGAGAAACUUGUGACUGUAGGGGUGACUCAGAGCUCAGUUUCUCUCUCUCUACAGUCUUUUCUAGCAUGUUUGUGCAGCCUUGCCUGGAAAUUGCCACUGCUCAAAGCAGAGGCAAAGUGGAAGAAAACAAGUGAAAUAAAAAUAAUUAGUAAUAAUAGUACUAACAACUGUUGUUCAACCACACAGCUGUGGUGUUGAACAAUAGUUCAACAGUGGGAGCAAGUACCCACAAGCAGAGAGUGCUGGGAAGCAGCACUAUGUGCUCUGGCCCAGGAAUCAAGCAUGGGCAAGGCAGGUGUGAACACAGUCUGUUUAUUUUAAAUGGGGGACGUAAAAAGCAAGGGGAAAAAAAAUUGCACGUUCACAGUAAAACAAGAGUAAACCAAAACAAUAGUAGUACAAUAGUAGAACAUUUCUAGAAUAAUAGAACAACAGUAAAAAUCCUCAACAGAAAUGUCAGAACCGACACUUUGGUCCUGGUGGCCCAGAAAGCCCCUCACCAUCAGAAUGCUCUUUAUCCUUGGAGAAUAACAAAAAAACCAAACAAAACCGGGGGUUUUGUUUCACAUCCAUGUACAUCCCAUUUUGGAAGGAAGGAGAUGCUGUAACAGGAGGGGGCGCGCAGCGGAGUCCGCGGGACAAAGCUGCCUUUUCCCGGCACAGCCAGGUCCCUUGGGCAGCGCUGGGCAGGGGCCAGCACAGCUGAACACUACCAACAGUGCUCCGGGGUCUGCGCCCUCACUGAACCAAGCUUGAAGGAACUCAAAGGCAAUUGAGCUUAAAUAUAAAAAUAAAGUUUUAUUUCAUUAAAAAACA